GUUGAUAUUCAUGAUGUCAGCUUUGCAGAGUAUAGAAGACAGAUUAUAUGGUGUUUAACACCGUCAUGAACAAUUAUAUGUUGUGAGAGCCAUAUCGUCAGAUUGAGGGGAGCAGACUCUGACUGCUUCACACUCACUGGCAUGACAUCACUGGAAAAAAAAAAAAAAAAGAUGAGACCUUGAGGUUUCUAAACUGUGCACUGAUCUAAAUAUUGCAUCGUAUCUGAGAUUGUAUGUCAAAUUAUGACCUUGAGGUAUGUUGACUCAAAUGCAUCAUAAAAGGGGAGAAAAUGAUAUAUUUACACUAAUGAGUGUAAGUAAACGUCAAACCAGAGCUGUAUCUCUGUAUCCAUAUUAAAUAAAAUGUGCUUAAUCUGUUAUUUCUUGUUCUCUGUUUCCAUGCUCACCUGAAGGUGGCAUCGUUAAGAAGACCUGCAGAUUUAAGAUCAACGAAACCUCCGAAGACCAUCAAGGACACAUUUUCAAAUUACGCUAAAACCACCGGAGGGUCUCUGAGUGCUGGCCGACAGAUUUGUUUGAAUAACACCGAUUCAUAGGAGUUUGUUUGGAUCUAACCAUGGAGCCAACAGGACAGAGCAAACCAUCUGGAUCUUUGCACAAAUUCCUCAGAAUGGUUCUCUUCUGUGUUUUUAUUCUUGGAUGUUUUGUGACUAUUUCUUUAAUGUACAAUAUAUCAUCCACCACCUGUUUAAACCAUCUACCAGAGUCAUCAGAUUCCACAAAGAGCAUCCAGCAUGUUUGUAACGAAACCAAUGACAAAAAAAUGACUACAGUUCUCAUCUGGCUGUGGCCCUUUGGAGAAAAAUAUGAUCCGAACGUCUGCAGCUCAAACUUCAACAUCCAGGGCUGCUUCGUUACAGGAGACAGAAACUUCUACAACAAAUCGGACGGGGUCGUCAUCCAUCACAGAGACAUUGCCGGGGACCUGUCCAACUUGCCGAAAUCACAGAGACCUCUGUUCCAGAAAUGGAUCUGGAUGAACUUUGAGUCGCCAUCAAAUUCAGACCGACUACCCGGGAUUAAUAACUUGUUCAAUCUGACUCUCACUUACCGUCGAGAUUCCGACAUCCAUGUGUCUUAUGGGUCUAUUGUAGCAGCAGAUACUGUGGAGGACUUUGUACCACCAAGCAAAAACAAACUGGUCUGCUGGAUCGUCAGCAACUGGAGUCCCAAUCAUGCAAGAUCAAAAUAUUACAAUGAGUUGAGAAACCAUGUGAAAAUUCAAACGUAUGGACGUGCCUUUAACAACUACAUCUCUGACAAAGACUACACCCCUACUAUGUCUAGUUGUAAGUUUUAUUUGUCCUUUGAGAACUCAAUCCACAAGGACUACAUCACUGAAAAACUCUACAACCCCCUCUAUGUGGGCACAGUGCCGGUGGUUCUUGGCACAACCAGAGAAAACUACGAGAACUUUAUUCCAAGAGACGCUUUUAUCCACGUGGAUGAUUUUGAGUCACCCAAAGAGCUGGCUGACUACCUGCUUCUUCUGGACAAGAACCAAGAAAUGUACCUUGGAUACUUCAAAUGGAGACGGCACUUAAAAGUAAAGAGAGUCGAUUUCUGGGCAGGGCACACAUGUAAGGUCUGUGAUUACCUGAGGCGGAAUAACGAAUACAAGGUAAUUAAUAACCUUAACAAGUGGUACUGGGAUUGAUGGACCGCGCGGCACUCAUCACCUCUUCAUAACAUUGUACUCAGAGAAAAGUCAAGAUGAUAAUGUAAUGGAAUAUUUACAUGAAGAAUGUGAGUAAGCAAAAAUGAAAAAAUAAUGUAAAGUUAAACGUAAAGGUAGUUUAUUAUUUUUGGGAACAAUGUUUGUACUUUAUUUAAAUGUUAUUCUUACAUGCUUUUAUGUCAGAUUUACACGUCUAAUGCAGGAUAUAUAUCUUUGUGUGAAGAAAUAUUGAAGCCACUUUCUUUUGUGCACAUGGGUGUGAUAAGGAGAGCUGGAUUGUUAACUGAUCAAUCAGUCAAUAAGUAAAAGGGAUUUUGUUUAUGUAAUCUCUAGAUAGUCUCAUUAUUUGCUCAAAUUUGUUUCCUCAUAUGUGAAAGAUGUUACUUUUUGUAAUAUUUACCUCAAUUGAAAGUGGAGAUCCCAGCGGUGAGUGGAAGUUGCUGUUAAUGCAAUAUCGUUGUUUGGUUAGAAGAUGCACUUCUUUACUUUACUUCUUUACUUUGCACUUCUUUUCUGUAAGGGUCUGGUCCCUAUCCAGUGUGAUGAAGUUACGACUGGAUUUCUGAAGAAAUAAAUUGUGCUGUAUAUAUUUUUAA